AUGACAACGCCAGAUAACAACCAGUCGCAACCUAAUGAUAAGCCUCCAUCGCCAAAGAUCAAUACCGAGGUCAUUAUCGAUUCCCAAGGUAAAGGCCUGACCGGAGGCCAGGACCUCUUGGCCGAAGAGGCUGGUGCUAAUGGCGAUAGAAAAAUAGAGGCGCUAGACGACGACAAACCCACCCCAUCAGACAACACGUCGUCAGGACCUACCUCUUCGCCUUCCGUGCCCAAUACGUCCCGACCAGAAGACACGCAGUCUCGCCCGAGUCCAAUGGCAUCGCAGGCAGGACCAAACCAGACAGUGCCCGCCCGCGCCUUUGGCCAGACUAGACCAGACAGCUUGCAGGGCGGCCAAGAUCAGAGCUGGCGACAGUAUGGUGGAAGCCCUGCCCCCGCUCAUAUCCAACCCGUAUCUGGCCAUGGAGAACAUCAGCAGCAAUUUGCCCGUCAGCUAAGUCGCGGACCAUAUCCGCCACCGCAAGGUCUAUAUCCGCAGGCCCAGGGUCAAUAUCCGCAGGCUCAGGGUCCGUACCAGAACACCCAGUGGCCUCAACAUGAAGCACCUCCGUUUGCUCCAGGCGGACCGUACCCUUUCCAGCAGCAGUUCAUGCCACCAUAUUCCCAGUAUGGACAUUACGGAUAUGGCAUGGGUCAGGCCCUGCCCGCUCCAACCCCAAUCGUUUCGCCCUAUCAGAUGGAUCCGGCCGAAGCUGGGUCGAAGCCGACCAAAGGCAAAAAGAAGGGAAAGAUCAUACCUCAGCCCGAACCUUCAAGCAGCGAAUCUGAGCAGUCCGACUCUUCUAUGGAGGACACCGAUUCAUAUGAAAUCGUUGAUCUAAAGCCGCCAUACAAAGGGGUCCAGACUGCUGCGAAGAUGAUAGGACUCUCUAGGCGCCUAAUGGACCCCAAGUUCAUAAAGGAUCUGAACGUGAAGGUCACGACAGCCUAUUUAGGGUUGGUUAAGAUGCAAACGAAUCGGAUUGUCAUGGUGCGUACACAGGUUGAUCCUCUUCAGAACGGCUUCAACCCAGUUCCAAUCAAAGUCACACGCCCCGAAGCAGCCGAGGCACUGGUGGCCUUCAUGGUGGGUCGGAUCUUACGGGAUCCCUGCCAGAAAUGCCUGAAGAAAAACGGCAAGUUCGUCUACUGUGUAUAUGUCCCCGACCAUUUCGGCCAUAGUUGUGCGAAUUGUCACUACGGUGCGGAAGGCAAAGGUUGCGAUCUCCGAAAUCGAACUGAAUUCAUUGAAUGGAACGAAGUCUAUCAGCCAAAGAAGGAGAAGGCAAUGCCUAAAGAUAUCACCACCUCCCCAAAGAGCAUCCCCACUCCGUGGAAGGGUCUGGCCGUGCCAACAUCCACCCCGACACCGAAAGGGCCUAGAUCGGCUUCGACCAAGGCGGAUCCAAGCCCCCGAAAAGCCACUUCAGUUCUGAUCCAUAACAAACCCACCGUUCCUCGCAAUCCGGUCAUGGCCUCCAUGAUUGACUCGUUCGGUCACCAAGUUCCAAGGACCAGGGCCCAGCCUAUACGGCAAAAUAUGUACACAGCCCCACCAAUCGUGAUUAAGUCAUUCCAAGAAGUAAUCUCUAUGGACAAUAAAUCACUGCGGUCCUGGUUUGGUCAGGUCCAGGACCAGAUUGAAGAUACGAUGGAACUCGCGACAGAUAAGUGCAUGGAACUUAGCAAGGUGAUGCAGUCCCUGUCAUCCCAGUUCAACAUGGUGGUGGACGUUGGCAUGGCUUUCAAUGCUGAAGAGGGCCUGGCUGAUGGUGAUGAGGAAGAGGCGGAAGGGCCCGUGGACAACACCGACAUGGCCGAGGGUCGAUCUGAAGAAGAUGAGGACCCGGAAGAUACCGACGACAGAGAGUUCGUAGCCGCUGAUGACGCAGAGGUUUCUGCUAACACUUCUUCAAGUUCCGACCCUCCAUUUGUUGAAAAAGUCAAGACCCGAUCGGCCACGAAACGAUCCCGCGAUGAACACUCGAUCCAGUCGGAGUUAGGCAAUAUCAGGAAAAAAAAGGUUAAGACUGCAGCAAACGAUCUGGGCCGCACUGAUAUGACCGUCCCCGCGAAAGGCACGCCAAAGAAGAGGAAAUUCUUCAAAGAGCGCAAGCACAGGCCUGAUGAUCAUCAGUAUCUCUUCUAG